AUGUGUGAUGCAAGUGACUUUGUAAUUGGUGCUGUAUUGGGACAAAAGAAAGACAAGCUGCAUCAUGUUAUAUACUAUGCUAUCAAGGUGUUGAAUGAGGCACAGAAAAAUUAUACCACCACUGAGAAGGAGCUUUUGGCAAUUGUUUAUGUAUUUGAUAAAUUCAGGCAAUACUUGAUUGGUUCAAAGGUUAUAGUAUAUACUGAUCAUGCUACUCUCAAAUAUGGAGUGCCUAAGGGUCUUGUCAGUGAUGGUGGUAGUCAUUUCUGUAACAAACAGAUGGAGAAACUACUUCACAAAUAUGGGGUGAUGCAUAAAGUAGCUACACCAUAUCAUCCACAGACCAAUGGCCAAGCAGAGCUUGCAAAUAGGGAGUUGAAGAGGAUUUUGGAGAAGACAGUGGGGAGUACAAGAAAGGAUUGGGCCAAAAAAUUAGAAGAUGCUCUCUGGGCAUAUAGAACAUCAUUCAAAACCCCUAUUGGAAAGUCUCCUUUUCAGGUGUUAUAUGGAAAGUCUUGUCACCUUCCUGUAGAGCUUGAGCAUAAAGCUUUCUGGGCUACCAAACUCCUCAACCUUGAUUCUCAAGCAGCAGGAGAGAAGAGGCUAUUGCAAUUAAAUGAGUUGGAGGAGUUUAGACUGGAAGCCUAUGAAAACGCUAAGAUAUACAAGAAAAAAUCUAAGAGAUGGCAUGACAAGAGGAUCUCAAAGAAGGAGUUCAAACUAGGACAGCAAGUACUCUUGUAUAACUCCAGACUCAAAGUUUUCCCUGGCAAACUCAAGUCUAAAUGGACUGGUCCCUACUUGGUGACAAAGGUUCUUCCUUAUGGAAGCCUUGAACUGCUAGAUGAAGCAAGAAAGAGCAAUUUCACAGCAAAUGGUCACAGGGCAAAGCAUUACUUGGGAGGCCAUUGGGACAAAGAGAAGGAGAUUCAUAAAUUAAGCUGA